AUGAAAGCUGCUGUUGUUCCUGAAUCUGUUACUGAAACCAAAUUAGCAGAGGUCAAAGAAAUACCUAAACCAACCAUUAAUGAUGAUCAAAUAUUAAUUAAAGCUGAAGCUGGUGCUAUUAACCCAACUGAUUGGAAACAUAUAAUUUUAGCACGUACCAGUAAACCUGGUGAUGUCAUUGGAUGUGAUGUUAGUGGGAUUGUUGAAGAAGUUGGUUCUAAAGUAACCAAUUUUAAAAAAGGAGAUGCUGUUAGUUCUUAUGUUACCGGGAACAUCUCACCUGUUAAUGGUGCUUUUAGUGAAUAUGCUGCUGCUUAUCCUCAAGCUACAAUUAAAUAUAUUAAUGGUUUAACACAUUCUAGUACUGAAACUAAGGCAUCUACUAUUAAAACUUUUGAAGGUGCUGCAAGUAUGACAUUGGGGUUAGGUACGGUUGCCAUGUCAUUUUCUCAUCAUUUAAAUAUUGGUAAACAUCAAAAAAUUGGAGAUUCAAUAUUAAUUUGGGGUGGUGCUACUGCAACGGGGAUUUUAGCUAUUCAAGUUGCUAAAUUGGUUUAUAAUUUGACAGUUAUUACUACAGCAUCACCUAGAAAUCAUGAAUAUUUAAAACAAUUGGGAGCUGAUUAUGUUUUAGAUUAUAAUGAUCCUAACAUUGUGGAAAAUAUUAAAAAAAUUGGUAAUGGUUCUAUUAGAUUUGCAUUAGAUACUGUUUCUAAUGCUACUACUUUCCAAUAUCUUUAUGAUGCCACUGCUACUGAAACCAACAAUGAUAUGGUUUAUUUGGAUUCAUUAUUGGCAUUAGAUGGUAAUAUUAUCAAGACUGAUCCAGCAAGAGAAAAGUCGGUUCAUUGGGGUUAUACAUUUGUUGAUCAUUCUAUUAUUAAAGUAAAAGAAUUUGGAGAUAAGAAAUAUUAUCAAACUCCAGAAUUAUUUAAUGAUUAUUAUAAAUGGUGGCAAGAAAUUAUGCCUACAAUUAUUAAUAAAAUCAAACAUGCUAAUUUGAAGAUUUUAGAUAAAGGAUUAGAAUCGGUUAAUGAAGCAUUACAAUUAUCUAAAGAUAGUAAAGUUUCUGCCGAAAAGAUUGUCUUUACCAUUUAA